AUGGAGCAUCCUGUGUGUCAUUUGAACGACAUUAAUGGCGACGUCCUGGGAGAUAUCAUGGCUCGUUUUGAUGGUUUAACAAUGGCUGCUGCUACAUGUGCCUGUUCUGGCCUCCGUGAUGCAGCUCGAGACCAAAGGUUAUGGAGGCAGUUGACUUCUUAUUUCCUCUGCAACCAUUGGUGGUUACGACAAGUCUCUGCUUCUCAAUUUGCAUCGCUGGCAGACAUUUUCUACAAAAAAGACUGCGUUUUCUCUAAAGUAAUGGAUGGCAUUCCCCAAGCAAUGGAUGCUAACUAUGACGAAGGGAGUGAGUGCACUCCGAAUGUGAGCACCGAUGACUGUCGUAGAUGGUACUCAAAUUGCCCAUUUAAACUAGAGCUGUUGAGCCUGGAAAAUGAUGAAGGCACGGAUUUUGAUGGCGAACUCGGGUACGCCGACAACGAAGAUGUGGAUCAAGACCUCGGACACAAUGCCAAUGAUGAAGAGAGAAGAGGUUUUUUAGCCAUGGCAGUGGCAGAGAAUGGAAAUCUGAGACAUGAUCACAGCAAGGAGCUGGAGGAGAACCUCAGGUUAAGUUGGGUGCUGCUGGACAAGAAAAACGGCACAACUGUAAAUCUCUCAAGCUGGAAGCCACUCUUAGUACAGAGGAGCUGGCCUUUUAAUGGGGAUUAUGUCCUUCAUUUUGGUAGCAUUAUACCGGUGGAGGAGAGUUUGCUGCAUCACAAGUUGGCUAAAUGCAAAAUCGUAAUUAGAUGCAAGCCAACAGAAAGUGGUGGGCGUCCAAACUGGAGGGAAAUUAGCAUGCAGAUCGAGGACAUUACAGGUGCUAGUGUUGGUGGAAGUAAGAGUCUGGUAGUUCUGAAUCACGCUCUAGACUGCUUGCGGAGUACAAAUCACCUUGAAGUUGAAAAGGGUUAUCGCCAAUAUCAGAAGAAGCAGAGAGAGCGUUUCUCAACCAAAUCCAAGGAAUUCUUCUCAGCUGAGCACAUUUUGUAA